CAAAAUGCUGUGAGUUUGACUUUUGUAUUUGUCUCGCAGUUGAAGAAAAGCGUGGGGGCAGUUUUUCCGGUGGAUUUUCUCGAAUCUCAGGGGAUUUCGUGGCUAUUUUGUUGACUCAAAUUGUAGGUGAGCCCAUUAGGCACUGUGAUCAGUUGUGGGACAUUGAGAGAGGACAUGGAGAUGAUGGGAAAAGCUGAAGGUGCGAAGGCGGUGGCGGAGCGUUGUGCUGGCAUCCUGGAUGACGAGCGGAGGCGAGAAGUGGAGAAACUGGGCCAUCGGAUCCUCAGCCACCCGGCCUAUGGGGCCAAGUACAAGUGGACCACGGAGGAUUUCGACUUGGGAGCGCCGCUGGGGCGCGGCAAGUUCGGGCGGGUGUACAUUGCCCGGGAUCGCUACUCUCACAUGGUUGUGGCCAUGAAGGUGAUGUUCAAGUCGGAGCUGCAGAAGGGCCGAGUGGAGCGCCAGGUGCUGCGAGAGGUGGAGAUUCAAUCCCGCCUGAAGCAUCCGCACAUCUUGCGUCUCUACACUUGGUUCCACGACAGCGACAAGAUCUACCUGGUGCUGGAGUACGCUUCCGAGGGAGAGUUGUACAAGCACCUGAAGAACUCCCCGGACGGACACUUCGAUGAGCACCGCUCGGCCAAGUACACUUACCAAGUGGCCUCCGCUCUGCAGUACUGCCACAUGAACAACGUGAUCCACCGUGACUUGAAGCCGGAGAACAUCCUUCUGACCUCGUCAGAUCAGGUGAAGCUGGCGGAUUUCGGCUGGUCUGCCCACACGCCCUCGAACAAGCGAAAGACUCUGUGCGGAACUCUGGAUUAUCUGCCUCCGGAGAUGGUGGACGGACGCUCAUAUGAUGACUCUAUUGACCAGUGGUGUCUGGGAGUGCUCUGCUACGAGUUCCUCGCAGGCUUCCCCCCAUUCGAGUCUGAGAGCACCAAUUUGACCUACGAAAAGAUCCGGAAGCUGCAAGUCAGCUUUCCGCGCCACUUCACCGCGGGCGCCAAGGAUCUGAUUUCCAAGCUGCUGCAGAAACACAGCUCUCACCGCAUCACCCUGAUUCAGGUGAUGAAGCAUCCCUGGGUGAAGGAGAACAUGGCUGAGGUGAAUAAUGACACCAUUGUCAUCGAAAAGCAGAAAUCCACAAAACUAUAAUUCCAUCACUCAAACUUUAUUUUCUUGUUUGUGUUCACUUCUUUUCUCAAUAUAAAUCCGUACUGAA